AUGUUGCCGUUUCAGCAAGCUCUAUGUGCCCCGAGUAGAAAUUCGUUUUUGACAAGUCGUAGGCCAGAUUCACUUAAAUUGUACGACUUCUACAGUUAUUGGAGAGAUGUUGCGGGUAAUUUUACAACGUUUCCGCAACAUUUCAAAGAGAAUGGGUAUUAUACGAAAUCGGUUGGUAAAAUUUUUCAUCCCGGGGCUAGUUCAAAUUAUACUGAUGAUUUUCCAUUGAGUUGGAGUAAAAUACCGUUUCAUCCGAAGAGUGAGAAAUAUAAAAAUGCUGCUUUAUGCCCCAAUAAAGACGGGACAUUGGGGAAAAAUUUAAUUUGUCCUGUUUGGGUUGAUAACCAGCCUUCACAGACUCUUCCUGACAUGGAGUCUUUGAAAGAGGCUGUAAGCUUUAUCAGUGAUUACAAAAAGAAUGACCCGUAUUUUUUGGCUGUUGGUUUUCAUAAACCCCAUGUACCUUUUCGAUUCCCCAUUGAAUAUCUAAAGUACCACCCUCUAGAAAAAAUAGAACUACCCCAAAAUAGAUGGCGGCCAUCUUUGUUGCCAACAGUAGCAUGGAAUCCCUGGAAUGAUUUAAGGAGAAGGGAUGAUAUGAAAUUAUUAAACAUUUCUUACCCUUUUGGACCAAUGCCUGAUAAAACCACGAAAAAAAUAAUACAAUCAUAUAAUACUGCCACAACUUACAUUGAUGAUUUAAUAGGAAAAUUAAUUAAACAUGUUGAUAAAAAUACUAUUACUGUUAUUACAGCGGAUCAUGGGUGGUCAAUGGGUGAACAUGGUGAGUUCUCGAAAUUCAGCAACUUCCAAACAGCAACAAAAGUUCCUUUAAUUAUCAAUAUACCGAAUUUAUUACAAAAUACAAUUUAUAUUGAUAAUUUUGUUGAAUUGGUGGAUAUAUUCCCAUCUUUAGUAGAUAUAACAGGAGUUUCAAAAGCUUUGGAGUUAUGCCCUUUUGGCACAAAAAUGGAACUAUGCACGGAAGGCAGAAGUUUCGUUAGGCUACUCAAAGACAAACCCAUUAAAAAAAAAACCUUAUCAAAAACAGCAAUUUUUACCCAAUACCCCAGACCCUCCACAUACCCGCAAAAAAAACCUGACAGCGACAGAGCAACCGUAAAAGACAUAAAAAUAAUGGGAUAUUCCAUAAAAACCCCAAAAUUCAGAUACAGCGAAUGGAUAAAAUUCAACCAAAACUUCACAGUGGAUUGGAACACGAUUUACGGCAAAGAAUUAUACGACAUAACCAUCGAUCCCGAGGAAAAUAUGAAUUUAAUUGGACGCCCCGAACUGAGUAACAUCGAAAAAACGCUACAAGUAAAGUUACGAUUAGGUUGGAGAUAUGUUUAAUAAUCUCCUUUGAAUUUCCCGCUUCGUUUUUAGCGGUAUAGUAGAUUCCCAUGAUACAACAGAAAAUAGAUUCCUGUAGUGACAAAUACGUCAAAAUGCAUAUUUUUAGCAAAUGGCACAAUGUGGCAAAUGGUAGAUUAAGGCUUUGUUAUCUAUGAUUAAGAGCCUAGUUUGGUCUAGAGAUGUUACGGAAUAGCUUUUUCUUGUACCUAGUUUGACCUGUACCAGUUCCCAACGCGAACCUAUUCCAGAUACCUAUUCC